AUGAAUACCAACUAUUCCUGUCAAAAUCGCAUCUUUCUCCUUGAAGAUCUGGAAGAGUCUGCGCUGGAAGCUCUAGGAUCGGCAUUGACGAUCGAUCCUCUCGUGUUGGCAGAUCACCUGUUCACGUAUCACUUUUCUCAGACCCACACAAUACCACAUCGAAAAUUACCAUCGUUGAUUAACGCAGAGAGAUCAUUCACUUUACGAUACUAUGAGCUGCGGGAGACUGGUCAUCGUGUUGCCGAUUCACAAACAGGCCGUCGUCGAACCUUUGCUCAUGCCUCGCGCCAGAUAGAGUCCUGGCAAGACCUAGCGGAGUAUCAAAAAGAAAAUUCUGUGGAUCUUGUAAGGCACAACAUCUCUUUCUGGUGCGACGAAGGCCUGGGACGUGAUCAGAAACAGGGUGCAUGGAAUGCAAUUUUACUCGUUGACCCUCCUAUAAAUUCCCAGCCCGUAGCUGGAAAGAAUGAUGGCUACUAUGUCCUCGAGAAAAAUGAUCAUAAACCUUGGCACUCACGAAUUGAAACCAGCAAGCCCUUUCGCGGAGGAUACAGUGAUCUGCGUCCCUGGCAGUCUAGCCAUACAUCUACAGCGCCUAGUCGCAGGUCCCUUUUUGACGAUAUCAUAUUCUACUGGCUCAACUCAGAGAAACAUGAAGUCGAUAGUGUCUUCGAAAACUGUGUUAACACGACAUUAUUCGCACAGCAGAUUGUAGCGAGCAAUUGGUAUGAGCUUCUCGACCUACAGCUCAAAACACUGUCGAACCUGGACUUAACCUCAAAGUCCAAGUCAGAUGGCUCAGCAGGACAUACUCCCAGCACAUCAGAGUGGCGAGAAGAGCUGAACUACUACAAUAAACGACUAUCUCUCCUUGGUCUCCUUCAACGACGUUUAAUGUGGUAUAAGCAAGAAAUGCUACUGAACCUGGAGCGUCUGGGCUUCACACCUGGUGAAUCACCAAAUCAAGCGGUCGCAUCGGGUCUUCGGACAAUGGGCCGGGAUUUUCAGGCCAUAUUGCAUGAGUUGGAUCUGCGGGAGUCUCGCGUGGAUAAUCUUGCUGGCGUGGUGACGGAUUCCAUCAAUCUAAGCAAUGCAUUGCGCAGCGUCGAGGAUGCGAGAAUUGGUCUGCAGCUGUCAAUUGUUGGUGCGAUCUUCUUUCCCAUUACUCUGGUCGCGGCUGUCUUCUCUAUGGGUGGUGACUAUACCCCUGGUGCUAAGAAGUUCUGGCUUCCUUGGGUUGUGGCUAUUCCCUUGGUGCUGAUCUUGAUAUUUAUGAUAUGGCAAACACGGCGCCCUCGUUUAUAG